UCUUCGGUGAAAAAUCUCGAUGCUAUUACAGGCAGAAAAGCUCAGGACUCGGCUGCAGGAUUUGGAAAAGCUCCUGACUCACUUUGAUUGCAGAGGUAGAUUCGGGAAGCGGCACCACCUGCUGAAGUAUCACAUGGCCAGGCUUUAUGAGCAUGAGCACCAAAGGGAGGAUACUCUGCCCAAUGCUCUGGAGGAUUUUCUGGCCUUCCAAGAGGCACGGGAGGCCUUAAUAAAACAAUUUUCCUUGCUGGAAGCUUCUACAGGCACACUUUUAGCCCAGCUGCAUGGCAUUACAUCUUCUUUGAACUGCAGCAUCAGCAUGACAGAGGAAGAGGGGAAGGAGAGGAGGAAGGAUGAAAGCAGCGGGGCUGUGUGUCAGACCUUCACAGACACUCUACACAUGAUCAGAGUGUCUCAGAAACAACUGAAGCAGGCAACACAAGACCUGGACAAUAUGCUCAUUCCUUUUGAGGCAGUGUCACGACCCAACAAAUGGAACAUUAUGGUCAAUGACUCACAGGUGCUAAUGAAAAGUCACAGGGAAACAGCGGACCACAUCGAGGCUAUAGCCGACAGGGCAGUAAGAGCCUCAAAGCAGACCUAUAGCUCACUGAUGGAUCUACUGCAGGACAACUCUACAGAGGAGUACAUCAGGAACCUAACGGAGCAAAUCACACAGAUGCAGCAGCAGAAGGAGAACCUGACGGUGCAGGUGAACGAUACUGUAGCCGAACAGCUGGCCCUGGAGGAAGAAGCUGCUGGUUUAAAGCUUGCCUUGGGUAACAUCACAUCAUCCUUACAUCAGCUGGCUCUGACAGAUGCCAGCCCAUAUCCGGAGGCUGAUCACACUCAGUUCAACCAAACCAAACAUCUAACCAACUUUACAACAGAGUGGGGUGAGACCCUGGUGAAACAGACAAAAGAACUGGACCAGCAAGUUCAGACUCAAGACGGUCUCAUUGCUAAGGUCAGAGAAGUGGUGGAGCCUUUACUACAGACAGUCAACAACAGCAUGGAAAGCGUGAAUAACGUCAGCAAGCUGCAAACUCAAGCUCACGGAGCAAAAGUUGUGACUUUGUCAUCAGUUGUGACAGGCAAAGAGGUGGAAUCAGAAGCAAUCUCUCUUCACAGACAACUAGAACGCAUGGUUACACAGUGGCCCCGUCAACAGGCGCAGACCAAGGCUGCAAUCAAGAAGGCAAGACCCUUGGAGGAAAAGAUCCUGCCUGAUGUCAGGAAGAAAGUCGCAGAGACCAAGAAGAUGCUUAAACCAGCUCUGGAACACUCCAACAUCUCAAGUAGCACGGCAAAGGACGCCGAACAAAAAGCGCAUGCUGUGGUAAAGGAAUCCAAAGCCAUUCUGACCCAGGCUAAGCAUACCAGGACUGCAUCUGCUCACCUUAGCUCCAAUAUAGACUCUGCCUUAGAGCAACUGUCAGUGCAGGAGUUGCUGACUGAUAGAGCUAACACCCAGAUUACCUCAGAGCCUGGGGUGUCUCUGGCCAGCGUAAAGGAAGAUAUGGAAGCAGCCAAGCUCCAGCUAGAGGCCUAUUCUGUUACACUAACUGAGCUAAUCAGCAAGAUUGAUGGGGAUGUGCCACUGGAGCGAUUUCACCGGAUCUUGAACGAGACAGCGCACCGUCUGAGCAUGCUUCGCGGGAGUGUAGAGAGCCCAACGCUAGGCUCAAAGAUCCAGAAGCUGCAAUCGGCCGCUAAAGAGCAGCAGAGCCGUCUGUCCCUCAUUGAACAGGACAUACAGGAGAUCACGGAGGAGAGAGACAGUCUCAGAGACAUUGCCUUAAACCUGCCCCAGUCCUGCCCCGAGGCAACCGGAGCAGGCAAAGGAUAGAUGCUAUAGAUGACGAGCAUUACAUCAUUGAUAGCUGAACAUCAGAAAAGUCUGGGAUGAUUUUGUUAAGAGAAGGAGUUGCAGUGAUUUUGUGUUCAACUUCAGAAAAAGUCUUUUUAGAUUUUUCCUUUUUUGCCCCAAGGUGCAAUUCAUUUUACCUCCACAGCAGACCGACACACACACACACACAC